GUUUCAGCGCAAUUCAUUUGUGAGAUUAAAUGUUAAAUUUAUUUUGCGUCGCUAGCUCUAUAAAUUCCCUUCAAGAUGAGGUUUAUGCUGACGUUUCUAAGGCAUGGUGAAACUGACUGGAAUGCUCAGCUGAAAUGUCAAGGACAGGCCGAUGUUCCUCUUAAUAAAGAAGGGCAUAAUCAAGCCAAGGCCGUUGCAACUUACCUUGCCAACGAGAAGUUUGACUAUGUAUUCUCAAGUGACUUGAGCAGGAGUUUCCAGACUGUCCAGAAGGUGGUAGAGCUAGGACCCAACCCAAACCUAGAGAUUGUAAAGGACGAAAGGCUCAGAGAACGAAGCUUUGGUAUUUACGAAGGAAUGUCAUUUGAUGUCUAUCAACAUGCUCUUCAGAACUGUGUUGGAGAGUUUGUAGUAGAAGGAGGAGAAACAGCCCCUCAGGCAUUACAAAGAUUUAUCGACUUCCUCAACGACAUGUGCAAGAGUGUCAAAACACAGGAAACCAACAAAGUAAACAGUGCAAAGAGCUCUGAAGGGGAGGCUUCCGGUGCUUCCAAUACCGCACCAAACCCAGCAGGUGGGGCUACAUCCAAGGUAUUUGUAUCUGAAUUCACAGGCGAGGACAAGGCAGCGAGGAUACUCCCUCACGUGCUGGUCUCGACGCACGGCUUCAUGAUCAGGAGCUUCCUCAAAUACCUCCACUGCGUCGUCAACGUGGAGAUUCCGGAAGGCGAUUGGCUGAUCGACGACGGUUGCCCGAAUACGUCCCUCAGCACGCUGGUCGUGGAGACGGAUAAGGAUGAUAAGUUUGAUUUUGAAAGGCUGAUAUGUUACUUUAUCUAUAAGGUGGAUCAUUUUUCAUAGUAACUGAAUUGGGUCUAGCCGACUAUGCGGGCAGUCAGUACUAGCUAGGAAUAAUCAGGACUUAAUGAAUGAUGAGGCUAUGUAAGUGUAGUACCCUAAGCCUUUAUUAUGCAAAAUAUGUGUAGAUCAGAUUUUGCUUACAGGAGCUUUAAAGUGCAGUCUAUUUGACAAAAGGUAGGAUGAUUUAUCUUACUGUGUUGACUAGAUAGCAUUAUUAUGUCGAUAAGGCAAAAUAUGUUAUUAUAUCUACAACUUAUCUCACUGUGAUUUCUUUUCACUGCCUUGCAAGAUGACGUAUUUCACCAUGCAGACAUUACUAAGCUGCUUAUUUGGCUUUGCAAGAUUAAUUUUUUUGCUAUCUCAUCAAGUGGUGACAAUUUAAAGAUUCGGCACUUGAUCAUUGAAUUUAAUUUGAUCAGUCAACAAGCUGAACAAUCAAUCAGUCUGGUAUGUUAUACCUCAGUCACUUUUGCUCUAUGGUGGCCAUAUUGCGAAUCAAAAACAACCUAUAUGUGUUAUAUUACAAAAAUGUUAAAGCCUGUGUAUAGCUUUGGUAAAGGGUCAAUAAUGUGAUUGAUAAUCGAAUAUCAUCUAAU